GGUGGUGAAUAGAAGAAAGCUAUAGUAAAAAUCAAAUUCCCAUAACACAUACGCUCUUCACUAUUAUGUUCAUUUACUUAUUUUUAUUUUUUCGAAGGUAUAUCUCUUUCAUUUAGAAUAUUUGACUUUGUUAAUUUUCGUUAUUAUAGUUAAUGGCCAUGUCCAAUUCUCCAGCUAAUAUUUUGCAUAAUAAGCACUCUGUUCAUAACAGCUGUUGAAUAGCGCAACCCUCUGCGCGGAAAUACAUAGCAAUAUAUUGCAUUGCUGUGCAUUACCGUUAAGGAGUAAAAAGUUAUCACUGAGCUGAAAAUAUUUUUAAGAACGUCGUAUAUAUUUAAUUAUAACAAGUUUGUAAAAUUCAAUGCAUUAAUCCGAAUUAUGUGGUUGCCGAAUGAAAAAGUAACAGUCUCAAAACAGCUACAAUGCUUCAUAUGGAAUAUCCUCAUCAAGCUAUUUAUGCACCGCUAAACCAGGUGAUUACUGAUUCCGACGAGGAGUCAGAGGAGGAAAUCCAUAACAGUAUCAAACAUAAAAAGCAGCAAUUACAACAGCAACAACAGGUUAAUCAGAACGGAUGCGUUGUUAAAAAGGAGCCUCCCAGAAGUCUCGCACUCCGCCAACUACAGAACGACUUAAAUACUACUCAUCAAAAGCGUAACGAUUCGCUUAUUUCAUCAGCAAUAGGUAAUAAUUCAUUAAACAACCCAAGGCAAGAGCCGAGGCCCAGCAGUUAUACGACUAACAUGCAAAACACGUUCCGAUCCGUCAUGAUGUCCGAUAUAGGAUUAAAUGACCAAGCCAGCAGUUUCUCAAGUUUCAAUAGCGACUAUGACGAACGUAAUCAUCUUGAUGCUGAUAACGUAGCCAUUUUGGGUCGCGGUAGCUCAAAAGAUCUCAGCACCCAUGAGCCUAUGACACCAGCACGACGAUGUUGCUUUAUAUCCUCGUUACUUUUAUGUGUGUUUGCUGUUUUCGGUUUUGUUUGGUUGGUGCCCUGCAACAAAUCAUGCCCCGCACCUGUGGACCAAAUACGAACACACAAUUGGCUCAACAAUUACACAAAGAUCGAGCUGAAAGGCGGAGUUCACGUGGUUGGCGGCUUACGAAGUUGGGAAAAUAAUUUAAUAUUCUUGUAUCGCGGCGAUGCGUUCUUCCCCAACAACAAUAACGCCAAACGUAACGGUAUCAUAUCGCUAAUUGGCAGUUCUGGUGCUGUAGCCUGGUAUGAUGCAAUGGUCGAUGAACCUGUAGCCAUCGACUGCACGCUAAUCGACGUAGAUCAAAAUGGACGUUCUGAUUGCUUGGUGCUGGAUGAAUUUGGUGAAUUAGGCGCAAUAGAUCCAAUUUCUGGUAAAUGGCACUGGCAUUACAAAGAACGAUCCCCACAUAGAGUCGAUGAAUUGGAUUUUCCUGUAAUACUGCCCGAUUUAGAUGGAGAUGGGGUAUUAGAGAUAUUAAUGGUAACUAGCAUUCCUUAUGAACUGCGUACACGCAAUCUGGUGCAUAAAGGUGAAUUACGUGCUGGAAAUCAUCGUGUAGAAGAAAGAAAUUUCUUACGUAUGCUCUCCGGUCGCAGCGGCAAACCGAUGGGUGAUGGCUUUAAGGUACAAGAUUGUGAUGUAUUGCAUAAAUUACAAUUGGAGAAUUCUCAAAAAGUGACAUUCAAUUGUUGGCGCAAUAAUACCGAAGCGCAACGAUCCAAGAGCUUGGCAGACCUAUAUGCCUUAAUAACAAACAAAUCGAUUGCAACCGGGCAAAAGCUUUUACCCGCUUCCAAAAUUGCGCAACAUCGCCACUACGGCCAACGCAAAGAAACCGACGCGCAACGCAACAUUUACUCGCUCAGCGGUCGUGAACUGAUCGUGGAAAAUCGCGGCAAGUGCCCAGAUGAUUGCAAUGUUACUUUCGUGCUGCGCGAGACACACGGCAACAAAACAACCGUCUUGCGGAACUUCACAAAUCCCGCUAUGUAUGGCAUGGUGCCGGCACAAUGGCAUUUCAAAAACACCAAAACUGAAAUGUCGGGCUUUGUAAUGAAAUUCUGGAAGUGGAACAACCAAAAAGACGCACUACGCCCUCCAAGUAAGGAUGAGCCCGCAGCCUAUGCAAAUAAUGCGCGCAAUACGGCAGCAGCAAAUAAGAAAGCCAAAACUCACAUGGGCAAGGAAAAUGCCACGAAAACCACCAAACAGAACCACAUCACGUCCAAUAAAACGAAACGCCAAAGUGGUAAUGACAAACUGCACACCGAAGAGCAGCUGGUACAUGACUUCCCCACGAAGACAUUCAGUGCAUUUGAUCACCUCAUACAAAAGCGACACACCUACACAUUGCCACUGGCCGAGCAGAAUGUAACCCGUCUGCGACGUAGCAGUAACAGUAAUUUACUGCUGAACAAUUACAAAAUGCACAUGAUCACCGAAACUGUAAUGCUGGUCAUAUUCAUCGGCGCGGAUUAUCGCAUCGAAAACACUUCACAGAGCAAUAUUGUGCAAUUCUGUCGAAAUGAUCAUAACGAAAUCGUGUGCCAGCCGGAUCUGAAUAACCAGGAGAACUCCAUGCUCAUUGCCGAUUUCGAUAUGGAUGGCUCGCAAGAAUUGGUUUCAUAUUCGUCGACUUUCACAGAGCAUGGAGACGAUCCGGAAGAUUGGAAGUUGGUGACAUAUGUGCGAUUGUUGCGCCUACAGGCAGAAAUGCCAGUUGUCUAUGGCGAGAAAUUAGUUGAAUAAAAUAAUAUAAACGACGAUAGUUCAUGCGGUAUAACUAAGUUAGUAAAAAGUAACGAUUUUGUAGCCAUU